GAACAAAGUUACAGAUCUUCAGAAUGAGCUCAAGGACAUGGAAGAAGAGGAAAACUAUAACCGUGACGAGCUAGAGGAAUCAGAAGAAUACCAGGAUCCAUCGAUUGACAUGACACAAGAUAUAAAGGUGCAAGUUGAAGUGAAACGGAUUGGCGUGAAAGAGUUUCUACUGAAUUUCUUUGACAAACAAACUCAAGGUGGAUUUCUGAAGCUGAUGGAGGCUGUGAAUUCAGCAGGGCUUACAGUAACCAACGCCAAUGUAACGAAUUUCAAAGGGAUGGCUUCGUAUAUUCUCAUUUUAGCGGCUGAUCAUGAGGAAGUUCAAGAACAAGAAGUGAAGGACUUGCUGCUUAAUCUCACACACAGCAACGGUUGAAGGAUUACACCUAGAAGAAGCAAAGGAUCCAGCACCCAG